AUGUCGCUGACCAAAGAACUCGAAAACACUUACGCCGAGUUUCAGAAGAAUGCACCGCAACCGGUUCUCGACACGUUUGGCUCUGGUGUACAGGCACUAAGUGACGCUUUUGACCCCAGCAAAGUAAUUCAAAUUGGCCAGGAAUUUCCAGAUUUUGAGCUACAGGAUGCAACUGGGAAAUUUGUGACCCGAGACUCUCUGUUAAAAGAAGGGGCCCUGCUUGUUUCUUUCUAUCGUGGCGAAUGGUGUCCAUUCUGCAAUCUCGAACUGCGUGCCUUGCAAAAGCACCUUCCAGAAUUCAAAGCAAAGGGCGUAUCACUUGUUGCUAUUUCACCUCAGCUAGCAGACGAGUCGCUGUCAACUGCUGAGAAAAAUAGACUUGAGUUUUCCGUCUUGUCAGACGUGGGCAACAGGCUUGCAUCACAGCUCGGGAUAGUAUGGUCUCAACCUGAGGCUUUCCGUCCCAUUUUCGAAGGUUUCCAAAUUGACUGGAAAAGAAGCUAUGGCGAUGACAGCCUUGAAGUUCCAAUUCCGGCUACUAUUCUCGUCAACAAAGACGGCGUCGUGCGAAAUACUUUCAUUGAUCCUGCUUAUACUAAACGAUUGGAGCCCCAGGUUGCGUUGGAGUGGGCAUCUAAGCUUUGA